AUGGGGGCUGCUCGCGGGGAUGUGGGCGAGAGGAGAAGCUCUGGUGGCCGAGUAGGAGUUACCCAGCAGCGGCCGACCUUGACAGAAGUCUUGGAAGCGAUUCGUGCAUGUGCUGUGGCUGUAGCUGGCGUGGAUCCAAAGCUGGUAACUUUUGUGGGUGCUGGUGAUGGGCGCUGGUGGGGACAUGGGUCUGUGCUCGCCAAGCAGAGCUCUACCAUCUGCCUCUCUGUCAACGUUUUCAUGCACUUCCAUGCACUUACUAAUGAGCAUCCGAAUGCCACCAGAGCGCUGGCCGUAUCCCUUUUAUUAGCGGGGCAGCGCUCUCGCCUGGCAGCGGGGACACUUGGGACUGAGCAGAGCAUGUUUCCCCCCGCAGCACGUUUGAGGCCCAGCCGGCAGGGCGCCUUGGAUGGGUCCUUGGGAAAUAUUGAUGACCUGGCACAGCAAUAUGCAGACUACUAUAACACCUGCUUCACGGAUGUGUGUGAAAGGAUGGAAGAGCUACGCAAACGGAGGGUUUCCCAAGACCUCGAUAUGGAGAAACCUGAUGCCAGCCCCACAUCUCUACAGUUGCGAUCCCAGAUUGAGGAGUCACUUGGCCUCAGCAGUGCUGCAUCAACACCUGACACCGAAAGAAAGCUCUCUGUUCAUAAAUCAAGUUCUGAAGAAGGCUCCGUAGGGAAAGCAGACUGGAAAAAGAAGAAUAAAUACUUUUGGCAGAAUUUCCGAAAGAACCAAAAAGGACUAAUGAGACAGACUUCCAAAGGAGAGGAUGUCGGUUAUGUGGCCAGUGAGAUCACGAUGAGUGAUGAGGAGCGGAUCCAGCUGAUGAUGAUGGUCAAAGAGAAGAUGAUCACCAUUGAGGAAGCACUUGCUAGGCUAAAGGAAUACGAAGCCCAGCACCGGCAAUCAAGUACUGUCGAUGUUACAGAUUGGCCUGAUGGUUCUUAUUCAGCAUUUGAUGGGUCUUCCAAUUGUAAUUCAAGAGAACAAUCCGAUGAUGAAACAGAGGAGUCGGUGAAGUUUAAGAGAUUGCACAAGCUGGUAAAUUCUACUCGCAGAGUUCGGAAGAAACUCAUAAGAGUGGAAGAAAUGAAAAAACCCACCACAGAAGGUGUGGAAGAGCACUCGCUGGACAAUUCUGCCAUCCUGGAUGACAGAUCGGCACUUUACUCGGGAGUUCACAAGAAGCAAUUCUACUUGGAUGGCUCCUGCGAGAAGCAGACAGAGGAUGACUUGGACUCGCUCACGACUUCUCCCUCCUCCAGCAGUCUCGAUACUUGGGGAGCUAACCGGAAGCUGGUGAAGACCUUCAGCAAAACUGAUAGCCGUGGCCUUAUCAAGCCCCCCAAGAAACUCGGGACUUUUUUCUCUUACCCAGAAGAGGAGAAGACCCAGAAAGUUUGCCGCUCCUUGACAGAUGGGGAGAUGAAGAAGAGCCUCGGCUCCCUGAGCCAUGGGGUAAGUACAGAAAGCAUUUGCUUUUAUGACAGCAACAGGCACAAGCACCAUCUUCUGGUGUCCCUGGAGGAGAUUCAGAGUGUAAGGAAGCAGAUCCGAUUGAAGAAAAUGGAUACUAACUAUUCCUGUUCCAGAGCUUUUCUUUGUCAGCGCCCUGCUAGGAAAGGAGCAGCCCCCACAACUUGCGACCUGCAAUUGCUGCGGCACAAAGCGAAAGGGGGUGGAGGUUGUGGCUUCCCAAACAGAAGGCUACGAGGGCGCACUUCUGUCAGCGAGUUCAAUAUCACCUAUGUGGUGGAGAGAAGCCUGUACAGUCACCUCAACCUCUCACAGUUGGUGCGUCCCGUUACUGACAGGACCCUGAGCAAGGCCGACAAGCAGGACCUGAGGAGAUGCCUGCUGGAGGAGGAUGAGGAGGCCAAGAGGAAGUGGGCUGCCACAGUGGAUCGCUGUACUAAAAGGGUUCUCUUGAGAAUCCACCAAAAGUCUGUGAGUCAAAGAGUUGCCAUGAAGGUGGCCUUCCAGUUUCUGUGA